AUGUAAAAUUAAAUAAGAAGAUAGAAAAUUCGAUCUAAUAAACGAGGCACACCCACGUCUCGUAAAUGCGUAAUUUCUCUGUUCUCCAAAAUAUUCUGUCUACGUAAAAUGAAACAGCUAAUCUAAGAUUUUUAUACAAGAUAUGAACAUAAAUCGAUAGAGAUUUAUCUUGUGUAUGUUGGUUAAUUUUUUAUCAUUCUGUUAUGAAAUGUCAAAGUGAUUGUGUAACGAUUCUUAUGCGUAUUAUCAUUACAUUCUACUCUGUUCCUUUUAUAGCGCGUUCUUCUAUAUGAAAUCAUGUUUAGAAUAUACGUAUUUGACCUGAGCAUACGUUUUUGUAUGAAUUUUUAAGUGAUUAUAAAGAAUUGUUUAGUUCUAUGGUAAAAUAUAAAUAGAUCAGUAAAUGAAAGUGAAUCUAUUUAUGACAAAAAUUAUUUCGAUGUCUGCGUAUGAUACAUAGUUUAGUAUGAUCAUUUGUGAUAUGUGGCUGAAAUAAAGGCAUUAUUUCAAUGUACUUACCUAUUGCUCUUGAAACACUUAAGAACCCAUUAACUCGCAUGAUUCCCAUACUUUGCAUCACUACUCCCCCAGUUUUUCGUAUUCUUUGCACCUCGUCCUAAAACGAAAUCAUUACACGUUAUUUAGAACACAUUAUACAUGUAACUGAUGUAACAGCAAUUGUUUUUAACUAACACAAACAGAACCUAAUCCAAAUUUUCUGUCAAAAGAGGAUGACUAUUUGUCUGAUCCUUAUUAUACUCUCGAUCGCGAUAAAUUGUAUACUGCAAAAUGACAGAGCUAGGAACACAGAUAGAUAGCGACAAAAGGUUGCUACUAUUCGCAACGUAUAAAGAUUAUUUGGAUUCCUUGGUGACAUUCGUCGAUCUCGGAUACUUAGGAAAUCUGAAUGUAGCGCGUCAAUUAGCUAAGCUCGGGUAUCGUUGCACCGGUGAAACACUUGACAAGGAGACGUUUUACCGUCGUUUGAAAGCCGUGAGAGAUUUACUAUUUCCGAUUUAUAAACCGUACGUGCUAACGUCGGAACACGUGGAACCGAAGGACAUGAGAAAUCUAUGGAAAGGAGAAGUAACUUCGAAAUUCAAAGAAGAGUGGCCUCAAGAGCAAGGAGAUUACGCAUUAGGCACGCGGUUUACUCGAAUCAUAGACGACGACGAAGGUGUUUCGAAUCUGCUUAGAUCGAAAUCCUUCGAAUUGUUACAAGACGAUACUUUUCGAAACGAAAGCUUGUUGCAGACUCUGUAUCUCGACGAUAUAACUGACGAAGCUGCAUCCACCGGAUCGGAGAGUUGUCAGACGCAUAGCGAGAAUCAGAUGGUAGAUAUGGCAUCGAUCGUCGGCACGUAUCAGCAUGAGAGCAACGAAAAUCUCGACGAAUAUUUCAAAGCUGUGGGUGUGCCAUACAUUCCUCGGAAAAUGAUGAGCAUGUCUAGCCCGCGAUUAGAAAUAUCGAACGACGGUGACAAAUGGACUAUUUGUACAAUUUCGAUGUUUCGUACAGCACAAUUGACGUUCACUCUUAACGAGGAAUACGAGGAACACAUGCCUGCUGGGGUUACACUAAAAAAUGUGACUACCAUGGAAGAAGACGGUUUGGUCACAGUUUCAGUCGGACCAGAUAACAAUAAAGUAGUGCGGAAGUAUGAAGUUACAAAGGAUGGCGUGGUUUUGAUAAUGACCCACGAAAAGAGCGGACAAGUGGCAAAGCGCUAUUUUAAGCGUCUCUCGUAAAUCUCUCUUGUUACUUUUCGAACGAAAAAGCGUAUUCACAUUCCAUUUUAUAUACUAUUUAACGAUUGAAGUUUUUACAUUUCUAUCCUAAUGCUAACGUGUCACGAUAAUAACGGAAAGAUUCCAGGAAGCAACUGGGAAAAGCAUCGCGUAUUUCGACAAAAGCUGUAUGAAAAUAUCUCUAUUCUGCGGUCUGCAAUCGACAAAGAAUCAAUCGUAAAUUUUCCCGCUGUCACUUGCAACGCAUGCCAUUCCUUACUUCUAUUAUAUGUCACGUGUUAUGUAUGUAUGUACAGAGUACAAAUGACAUGAGUAAAUUGAAAUUGUACCGUGAGAUAUGAGAAAUAAAAAGAAUAAGGCAGAGUCUGCAGUUUAU